AGGGGACCGACUUGAAAGGUGUAAGCACAGAAAAAAUGUUGCAAAUCCACGACGAAAAUGGAAAGUUUUUUGCGGAGCCAAGACACGACGAAGAAGUACAGCAUGGUAAUAUUCAUCUAGAUCAUGCAUAUACGUCAGGUAGUGCUACAGCCUGUUCACAAAUGAGAGGCAUGGGUGAUCAUGGUGAUUAUCCAUCUGAUAGAGAGACACUCUCUGAAUCUGACACAAUAUCUGCCUUUGAAUCUGACAAUGAAAGUGAUUUAUUGGAUGACAAUGCCGAUGAAUCCGUCCCAGGAAUACAUCUUUUUGGCAGACACAUAGUGGAGUUGAAAGUGUUGGGCAAUCAACUGAAGAAAGGGUGCAUCAUGUGUGGAGAGAAAUUGCAACUUUCAUCAUGUAUUGGAGAAGGAAGAUAUGGAUUAGGCAGUAUGCUUCACAUCAAGUGUCUUGCUUGCCAAAAAUUUAAUAAAAUUCCAACUGGAAAGAGACGUCAAAAUGGAGUUCAGGAUAUAAACUCAAAACUGGGAGCUGCUGUUUUAUAUACUGGAAUUGGAGAAACAACAGUGAACAGAUUUUUGGCAGCACUGAACUUACCCAAUGUUGACCAUAAAACAUUAAAGAAGAGAGAGAGAGAGGCUGGUGCAGCAUUUGAGGAAAUAGCGGAUAUGACAUGUCAGGAAGCCAUUAAAAAAGAGAAAGACGGCUGUAAAGAAGAAGUGUUUCAUAUCAUGCUUAACCAGGCAAACACGGGGAAGUGGAAGAAACUAUGCCAGCUUAUCAGGACAUGGAAGUAUGAUUGGUGCAACCACAGGGAAGGUUCUCGCAUAUGCUGUCCGAUGCAAGAAAUGUAAACAGUGUGACCAGGAUAUCAGCAAUGACACAACCAGCAGUCACGAUUGUAGAAAAAAUUGGUCUGGAUCAUCCAAGUCCAUGGAGCCUGACAUGGCUGUAGAAAUGUUACAUAAUUUGAAGGAAAAGGGUUUCAUGUUAAAAACCUACUUAUGGAUAAUGACACGACAACAAUAUCCAAGGCGCGUUCACCUUUUGAUCCAUAUCAAUAAAUUUUCA